AACAUGGCAACCUCCAGUGACAAGAUCAAGGAUUGCGAAGUGUGCGGUACAAAUAAAGCGAAAUACACGUGUCCAAAAUGCGAGGUUAGAACUUGUCGUAUCGAAUGCGUAAACAUUCACAAAAAAGAAUUAGAAUGCGAUGGUGUCAGGGAUAAAACAAAGUUUGUGCCAAUAAAAUCAUUCACGGACUUAGAUAUUCUGAGUGAUUAUAGGCUUCUUGAGGAAGUUGGUAGAUCAGUUGAUAAACUAAAGAAGGAUCCAUUUAAAAAAUGCACAAGACAAAACAAUUUACCAAUGCAUUUAUAUAAACUCAGAACAGCUGCAUUUGAAAGAAGAGUCAAUUUACAAUUUAUGCCACAACAUUUUAGUAGACAUAAAAAUAACACAAUAUAUUUAAAUUGGAAAACUAAUGAAUUAUAUUGGAGAAUCGAAUGGAUUUUUCCACAAGCAGAAAAUACAAUAUGGAUUACUGACAGGGCUUUAGAAACUAUGCGAUUGUCAGCUGUCAUAGAGGAUAUUUUGGAUCCAAUUAAGUCAUUAGAAAAUAAUAAUGACAUAGAAGAAUUGAAUUUAAAAAUGUGUCUGAAAGAUAGAUUACAGUUUUAUCAAGCAGCUGGUUUAUCUGGCAUAAAAUUUCUUUUAAAGGCAGAAAAAGUAGUGAAGUCAGAUUCAAAGUUUUAUGAAUUAGAUGUUACACUUACGUUAAAAGAAAAUUUACAAAACAGGGCUAUAAUAGAAUUUCCAACAAUAUAUGCUGUCUUAAAGGAUCACUCAGAUGUGUAUGAAAUUAUUGAUACUGAUGUUGAAGAUACAGAUGAUUUAGAAAGUAAAAGUAAUUUCGUAAACGUGCCUAGGAAGAACAAACAAAUGCGUAAAGAAUUCAAUAAAACAGAGAAGAAAAGUUCAACGGUAAAUUAUUUUUUUAACUCUGAGUCUUCAGAGUCUGAAGAUGAAAAAACCAAUAGAAAAAGUAAAGUACCAAAUAUAUCAACUUUUACCAUACCAAAUUAUAAUGAAUUAGUAAAAAUGGAACAGUAACAUGUUUUUCACCCUAUUGAAAAAUGUAUAGGUAU